AUGCUUUUGUCACAGAACAUGACAGAUAAUCAGACCCAAACAAUGGAUUUAUUAAGUGAUCUAGAAAAUAUCUUGUCAAGUAACCUACCUGGUCAGACGCUGGACAAUCAUAGUCUUUUGUCUGACACCCAGCUCCCAUCUGGCCCAACCCAGAAUCCUGCAAUUGAUUUUGACAUCGAAGAGUUCUUUUCAGCCUCAAAUAUACAGACACAAACCGAGGAGAGUGAGCUUAGCACCAUGACCACUCAGCCAGUCUUGGAGUCACUGGACAUAGAAACCCAAACUGACUUCUUCCUUGUAGACCCUUCUGCCCAGGCCUACAGUUGUAGGGGGAAUUCUAGCUUCUUAGGCCUUGAGAUGUUUGACAUGCAGACACAGACAGACCUGAACUUCUUUUUAGACAGUAGCCCCCGUCUGCCACUGGGAAGUAUCCUGAAACACUCUAGCUUUUCCAUGAGUACUGAUUCAUCUGACACAGAGACCCAGACUGACGGAAUCUCCACUGCCAAAAACCUGCCUGCCCUGGAAAGCAAAGUUCAGUUGAACACUGCCGAAACACAGACCAUGAAUUCUGGCUUUGAAACUUUGGGGAGCUUAUUCUUCACCAGCAACGAAACUCAAACAGCAGUGGAUGACUUUCUUCUGGCCAGUCUGGCCUGGAACACGAUGGAAUCUCAGUUCAGCUCUGUUGAAACCCAGACGUGUGCAGAACUACACCCAGUCUCCAACUUCUGA